GCAGGAACCCACCUCGGGGGACCGCCAACGCCACAACGACAUCGCUGCCAAGAGCCUGGAGGCCCUUACGAACCUUCACAAGGCUGACAUAGAGCGCCAGCGCGGAGCCUUCAUGGACCUCCAGAAGAAUCAGAAGUACCCGGCCAGCCCCUGUAUGUCUCAGGGCCAGGGCUCACCUAACUGUGGCCGCCAACAGCAGCAACAGCCAAACUACUGGAGCUUCAAGGCCCGCACCCCCCGUGUGAUCCGGCCCAACCCCAACCAGCCGGCUCUAGCCGACCAGGCCAGCAGAGUAUCCUUUGCCUCGGCUGAGAGUCUGGAAACCAUGUCUGAGGCCGAAGUUCCCCUCGGGUUCAACCGCAUGAACCGCCUCCGCCAGAGCCUGCCCCUGGCGCGCUCAUCCAGCCAGGCCAAGCUCCGCGCGCCAGGCAUUCUCUUCCUCCAGCUGGGGGAGGAGAUGAGGAGGGUGCACCUGACCCACGAGCUGACCAGCCUGGAGACCCUGAGGGCCCUCAUCGUCCACAUGUUCCCCCAGAGGCUCACCAUGGCAAUGCUCAGGUGCCCCAGCACGGCCCUGCUCAUCAAGGAUGAGGCCCGUAACGUCUUCUAUGAGCUGGAGGACCCACGAGACGUCCAGGACCGCUGUGUCAUCAAGAUCUACUGCAAGGAGCCUGUCUACGGCAGCUACCCCAGUCACCACAACCCACACCUGGCCAACGGAGACCUCCGGAGGGAUAUGGUGUACACGCCCCAGCAGGAUUCCCCGCCCAACCGCCGCCUCAGCAACGCCCCUGCCUCCGCCGCCUCUGCCCCCUCCGGCUCGCCGUCCCGCAUCCGUCUCCUCUACAGUGGGGGCCGCCCAUCCUCUUACGCUGGGCAACCUCACCCCCAGCAUCAUCCCCAAACCCACUCCCUCCCCCACCCCCACCACACCUCGCCAGGUGGCCAGAGUGCGGCCCACCACCAGCAUCACCCCCAGCAGCUCCACCACCAGCCCCAGCUACAGCACCAUGCCCAGGCAGGUUUCUCCCCCAGUGCCAUCCUGGAGCGUAGGGAUGUUAAGCCCGAUGAGGAGGUCCACGGCACUGGCUCCAGGAGCAUAGUGCUCCUGCGGGGCGAUGCAGGGGGGAUCUAUGCCGACCCCUAUUCCCUGGGCCAGGAAGGAGGCCGUCUCAGCCUGGCGGGCCCCCACUCAUCUCUACCCCCGAGAGGGGACGCCUACGGCUCUCUCUACCGGCGUGGAGGAGGCGGAGGGGCCGGAGGAGGGCUGGGACCCGGCUCCGUGCGCUCCCUCACUUCCUACUCGGCGGCGGCUCUGCAAGGAGAGCUGAUGGACAGUGGUGUCCUCUACAGGCCUGGAGGCCCACUGUAUAAUGAUGCAGCCUACGCCGCGUCCAUGUUGGCCAUGGGCUUCCGGGUGCCACCCCCCUCGUCUCCACAGAAAAUCCCCGACAUGAAGGACUCGUAUUCAGGCACCAUGCCCGGCCGGGGCUCCCCUGCGAGGCAGACCCUGCGGAGGGACUCAGUAUCCUCCUCCGUGUUCGGGGAGAGUCCCAAAGCUAGGGGUCAGGGGUCAGGGUUGGGGUCUGAUCAACUGUGCUUAAUGGCUGGACCUGGAGGGGAGAGCGGUGGUUUCAGUUCAGCACCAGCUUUCAGUUCACCUCUACCAGGCAAUGAGACAGAGACCAGGGGGCGCAUGGAGGCCAUGGAGAAACAGAUAGCCAGUCUGACUGGUCUACUGCAGACUGUUCUGACCAGGGGACCAGAGGCCGAGAGCCCGGACAAGAUUGAGACGGCCAAUGACUGCUCUGAGACAGACACUGGACGGUUAAAAAACAAGAAAGCCCUGACACCGUCGGCUCCAUUGGCCCUGAUGCCGCCACCACUCAUAGGGUCCUCCCAGCCACUGACGGUGUCGCGGCUGCAGAUGCAGAUCCACCUGCAUGGCCUGCAGCAGAACACCAGCGAGCUGCGCAAACAACUGUCCCAGCUGCGCAACAUCCAGUUGGAGAACCAGGACUCAGUACAGUCCCUGCUGAGGCAGACCGAGUCGGAGCUGAGCCUUAUGAUGCUGGACGCCAUGCGGACCCAGGAGGACCCUUUGCAGAGGCAGCGCCUCCUAGUAGAGGAGGAGAGACUCAAGUACCUCAACCAGGAAGAGCUGCUCAUCCAGCAACUGCAUGAUCUGGAGAAGUCAGUAGAGGAACUGCAGAGGAACUCGUCAGUCAACCACGGCCUGGUGACUGAGCAGGAAGUGGAGCAGAAGAGUAUGGAGCUAAGGUCUCUGGGAGAGACCCUCACAGAGCUCAAGCACCAGUUCCCCAGUCUGCAGAGUAAGAUGCGCGUGGUGUUGAGGGUGGAAGUGGAGGCUGUGAAGUUCCUGAAGGAGGAGCCACAAAGACUGGACGCACUGCUGAAACGCUGUAACACCAUGACCGACACACUGACCACCCUACGCAGAAAAGUGACCGAGGGCCUGUGGAAAGGCCAGAAUGACAUCUCCAGCCAGUCAGCCAAGCGAACGGAGCACACAGGAAAGAGUUUGGACCUCGACAUACUGACCAGUCCACCGCUCAGCCUCAAUGACCUGGGUGGCAGUGCCAGCCUUGCCAACUGGAUGCCCGUAUCAGGCAGUGACCCAGAUGCUUCGGGAACUGAGCAGGACCCCCAUCCUACGGCCAGCUACAGAAGCCGGGUCCUGGACGAGCUGCCGAGCCGCCGCGGUGCUGGCAAAUCAGUGUCUGCGGAGGUCAGACUGGCUGCGGAGCGGGACUGGGAGGAGAAGCGAGCUAGUCUGACCCAGUUUAGUGCCCAGGACAUCAACCGUCUGCUGGAGGAGACCCAGGCUGAGCUGAUGAAGGCCAUCCCAGACCUAGACUUUGCUGCCAGGCAGAUCAACAAGCCUGCUGUGCCCCCCAAACCCCACCCCAAACCUCAGUUUACCACCCCCAUCACUACCUCCACCACCACCUCCACCACCACCUCCACCACCACUAGCACAAACACCACUACCAGUACUGAGCACCAGCCCAACAUGGUGCAGGUCACUGCCCAGAAGCUGGAGGGGGGCUCACGUUGCGGAUCUGCAGAGCUGACUGUUACCAGGUAUCGCACUGAGAAACCCUCUAAGUCUCCGCCUCCACCCCCUCCUCGCCGCAGCUUCCCAUCAGCCCAUGGGCUCACCACCAACAGCACUGGAGAAGUGAUCGUCACCACCAAGAAGCUGGAGCCAGAAGACGGAGAGGCUCCGAAGACUCUGGUCAAGCUGAGAAGGACACCGUCUGACACCCCCCGCCCCACCUCCACUCCCCCCGUCAUCGCCGCCUCAGCGAUUAAAGAUGAGGACGACGAAGAGAGGAUCAUUGCUGAACUAGAGAAUGCAAGCAACUCACCAGGGGGAUCCAAGGGACCCCAGUCAACUGUAGCGGCUAGACUGAAGAACCUGCAGCAAGGCAGCCUGGAGAGGCCCAAGACCAGGAAGCAGAGAGAGGACUUCCCCAAGAUCCAGGGCCAGCAGCAGGUAUUCCACUUCUAGAAUGCCCCUCAGGGGAGUAGCCAUCUUCAGAACAGCUCUGGUGGCCUUUGACAGCUGUCUGGGCAACUAGUGGGUUCUUUCGGGACUAUACUGGGAUACAAUAUGUUAUCAGUGGGAAUGUAGUGACGCGAAAAGGAUUGGGCUCAUCGGAAAUCACCAAUGUUGGUUGUUAUAUUAUUUGACUUUGAGCUGUGGUUGGAUCCAAAAUGGAUUGUGUACUGAGCGGGCUCUAUUAUCCCAUUGGCUGGCAUUGAUGUUUGUGAGGAGGGUAAGAUCAUGGAGGUAUUGUGCACUUAACAAGCUAAGUGGCACCUAAACUGCACUUCUCGAUUAUGCCAUGGAAUAGUUGAACAUCUCAGUGCCGAACCCCUGACUUUUCACCGAGCAGAUGAUGAUCCUACAGUACCACGGCUGUCUGACUCGGCUUCCUUUAUUUGAACCGCUGAAUCAUUCUGUCUCCAACUGAGUCCUUGAAACCACAGUCCAAAAGUGAGAGGGUCAGGCGAUGGAAAAGUCAUACUCAUUCCAGGGAUUUUCUUUAUUUGUACUAUUUUCUACAUGACAUAACACAUGGAAUCAUGUGGUAACCGAAAAAGUAUUAAACAAAUAAAUAUUUUAUAUUUGAGGUUCUUCAAAUAGCCACCCUUUGCAUUGAUGACAGCUUUGCACACUCUUGGCAUUCUCUCAACCAGCUUCAUGAGGUAGUCACCUGGAAUGCAUUUCAAUUAACAGGUGUGCCUUGUUAAAAGUUCACUUGUGGAAUUUCUUUCCUUCUUAAUGUGUUUGAGCCAGUCAGUUAUGUUGUGACAAGGUAGGCGUGGUAUACAGAAGAUAGCCCUAUUUGGUUAAAGACCAAGUCCAUAUUAUGGCAAGAACAGCUCAAAUAAGCAAAGAGAAACGACAGUCCAUCAUUACUUUAAGACAUGGUCAGUCAAUGCGGAACAUCUCAAGAACUUUGAAAGUUUCUUCAAGUGCAGUCGCAAAAACCAUCAAGAGCUAUGAUGAGGCUAGCUCUCACGUGGACCGCCACAGGAAAGGAAGACCCAGAGUUACCUCUGCUGCAGAGGAUACAGUUCAUUAGAGUUACUCGCCUCAGAAAUUGCAGCGCAAAUAAAUGCUUCACAGAAUUCAAGUAACAGACACAUCUCAACAUCAAUUGUGCAGAGGAGACUGCGUGAAUCAGGUCUUCAUGGUUGAAUUGCUGCAAAGAAACCACUACUAAAGGACACCAAUAAUAAGAAGAGACUUGCUUGGGCCAAGAAACACGAGCAAUGGACAUUUGAUCGGUGGAAAUAUGUCCAAAUUUGAGAUUUUUGGUUCCAACUGUCUUUGUGAGACACAGAGUAGGUGAACGGAUGAUCUCCACAUGUGUGGUUCCCACUGUGAAGCAUGAAGGAGGAGGUGUGAUGGUGACACUAUCUGUGAUCAAUUUAGGAUUCAAGGCACACUUAACCAGCAUGGCUACCACAGCAUUCUGCAGCGAUACGCCAUCCCAUCUGGUUUGCACUUAGCGGGACUAUCAUUGGUUUUUCAACAGGACAAUGACCCAACACACCUCCAGGCUUUGUAAGAGCUAUUUGAUGGAGUGUUGCAUCAGAUGACCUGGCCUCCACAAUCACCCAACCUCAACCCAGUUGAGAUGGUUUGGGAUGAGUUGGACUGCAGAGUGAAGGUAAAGCAGCCAACAAGUGCUCAGCAUAUGUGGGAACUCUUUCAAGACUGUUGGAAAAACAUUCCACCAGGUGAAGCUGGUUGAGAGAAUGCCAAGAGUGUGCAAAGCAGUCACCAAGGCAAAGGGUGGCUACUUUGAAGAAUUUGUUGACCACUUUUUGGUUACUACAUCAUUACAUAUGUGUUAUUUCAUAGUUUUGAUGUCUUUUAUUCUACAGUGUAGAAAAUAGUAAAAAAUAAAGAAAAACCCUUGAAUGAGUAGGUGUGUCCAAACGUUUGACUCUGACUGAAGCCCUCCUCCCUCCUCUCUGAAGCAGCAGUCUUACGUGGUUCAGCAGGCACUCCAACCCAGUAGGCUGAUCUGAAUGGCCCUAUCCCACCUCAGCCCAAACUGUCCCUCUCAAAGGACCUUCUGGCAGCUCUCAAAGUCAGGUAGAGAUAACACAGAAAGCCACUCCGUUCCAGCUAGCACCUGUCCUGAGCCAGUCAACCCAAUCCUCUCAUUACCCUAACGGGGAUAAUCCACACUCCAUUAGCUAACUAAGAUAGAGGCCACCUCAUUUGAACUCUAAGAAACAGCCCCCAUGUGGUGCUCUUUAGGCUUAGGGGGUCUAUUCACAGGCUAUUCGAGUUGAAAAGACUAUCCGUUGGACUGAAAAAGAGUCCCAAAAUGUUGCCAUGGUUCAACUCGCUUCGGAUGGCUGGAUUGAUGCACUUCUACAUUCAUCUUGAUCAGAUCUGAAAGGUUUUUACCUUGUAUGGGGCAAAUUAAUCUCAUCCACCACCAAAGCUGUAACCACAUCCAUUUUGGUGAAGCACAAGGUUUGCACCAGAACAAAAACCAUACUUCACUCUUUGGGGUGAAAGUGAAAGGAGUCAGAAACCACUUGGAAUCCGUGUAAAAAAUAAAUAAAAGUAUCAUAAAAGUGCAGAAGAUGACCUCCCAGAGAGGUCAGUGCGCUUCCCAACAAUGCCCAUUAGUGAAUACAGUAGUUAGCACAUGGCUAACAUGUUAACCUUUAUUUGACAGUGGAGGAAUACACACCAAGCAUUAGUAUUCAUGUCUAUUUCCAACCUGGUCUCAGAGCAUUUCGUAUUACUCUGUACAUAAAUCCGAGAACUCCAUUUAAUAUGAUAUGUUGCGAUUUCUUACGGGAAAUCAAAUCAAAUCAAAUUGGUUGGCUACACAUUUUUAGCAGAUGUUAUUGUGGGUGUAGCGAAAUGCUUAUUUUCCUAGCUCCAACAGUGUAGUAAUAUCUAACAAUACAUGCAAAUCUAAAGAGUAAAAAGUUGGCAUGUAUUUAUUUGUGGAUGUCCUUCAACCAUUUCGUAUGAUAUUUAACAAAAUUGCUAAAUGUACAAUAUGUUACGAAUUUGCAAAAUGUAGGUUAUGUUACGAAUUCCAAUUUGUUGCUGCUAAUGUUAGCUAGGUGGCUAACAUUAACGUUAGUUAGCUGGCUAACGUUAGCUAGGGUUAAGAGAUAAAGUUGGGGUUAAGGUUAGGUUAAAGGGUUAGGGUUAGCUAACAUGGUAAGUUGUUGCAAAGCUGCUAAUUAGUUCAAAUGCUAAAGUUGUCCAUGAUGAGAUUCAAACACACAGCCUUUGGGUUGCUAGACAUUUGCGUUAAACGCUCACCCUUCCACCCCAACCAACCACCCUCCUUUCAUUUUUUUGCCUUAAAUGUCACCUUCUGUCUUAUGUAACCAUCCUAAAUGUAACAUAUCAUACUAAUUUAAUGGUCCCGAAUUUAUAUUUACUAUGUUAAAUCUAGCCUAUGAGACCAGGCUGCUAUUUAUGCUGUUUGCUGGAAACCACUCAAUUGUGUGAGAUUGCGUAUGCCUCCAAGUGUACCUUCCUUCCCUAUCUCCUUUUUGUCAUGAUGUCAAAUAUGCCCUCGGAGUCUGCGGAUGCUGUUUAUUAGGGUCAUUACACUGUGCAGAUUUUUUUGUGUGUGCAGAUUACGUUCAUGGCAAGAGUGAGUCCUCUUAUGAUGCAGAUGAUGUAUUUUAUUAAAUGUCUGACCUGAUGUUUGUAGCAUACAGUAAAUACAGUAAUAUAUAUCUAGGCAAUUGGGUCAGUAAAAUGUGGUAAACUGUCUGUGAUCAACCAAACAAAGGACAUGUUCAAUUUAAACUAUAUGUUUAACAUAUGCAAAUAAUAUGAAUUAAUAUACUGUAUGUUGGAGUCAGUUGAAUAUAUUGGACAUACAUGCAUCUGUGUGACCUGUAUGUACAGUGUGGGUAAAAUAAAACCCCAUGGGUAGGCUAUUUUGUGUACUGUGAUGCAUCAUGUUAGGUUAACUCUUUCAACAAUACAGGACUGCUUCAGACAUGAACCAAUGAGGUCAUUUUUGAACCAAUAGGAUUUAACCAAGACCGUACCAUUUUAUCCUGAGGGGAAAAUGUGCACGAGCUGAAAAAUUGUUAACGUCAACAAAAGUGAAGUUUGUGUGUGCACAACAUGUGAAUGCCUUGGGGUUAUCUGAUUUUAAAAAGGCUUAGUUGGUAUUCUGCUAUUUGAUAUCUUAGCCCAGUGCCUGAGGACAUUGUGUUGGACAUUGUCUCAACACGGUGCUAUAGCUACAUUCACUGUUCCAAUACCUGUCCAGAAGGAAUGACAACAGGCGAAGGCCAGGUGCUGUCCUUUAUAUCUCUCCUGAAUAGGUGGACUUUUUGUUUGGCCCCUGAAUGGAUGAUUUUGGCAUGAAUCCUUUUUUAAUGAUCCAAUAUGAAUGUGAUUUAUCUGGGGAAUGGAGGAUCUCGUGGAUGGCAGAAAGUGGGAGGAUCCCUCAAUCUUCUGCGGGGUGGGGAGGUGCACCUGUCUGUUCAUGUCCGUGUAAAGGAUAUGUUGUGAUACAGGCUCCAAGAGAUACAGAUAUACCGGUGUCCCUCAAGUCAAAAUUAGAGGAUAUGUAGUACGUCUUACCCGGUCGUACAAUACCAUACAAAUUGUACGACCGGGUUAGGUGAAAAGGGUUAAGGUUCGAAUUAGGGUUUGAGGAAGGGUUAGCGCAAAUGCUGCAGUUGUCCCCGGGGCGACUCAAACAUGUAGCCUUUGGAUUGCUAGUCUGCCACGGAAUACGCCCACCCACCCUACCCGACCAACCUCCCUACUUCCGUUUCUGUCUAACGUAACUAGACCAUUAGUACUGAUCGUAUGUCUUGAGAGGGGCUCGGAAAUGUGUAUAGCAUAUUCAGAUCAAAUCAAAUGUUAUUGGUCGCAUACACAUAUUUAGCAGAUGUUAUUGUGGGUGGCUCUGCGGCUCUGAGGCCAGGCUGCACUGCUUGCCCCUAGUGCUCCUUCCAUAAUUACAAAUGGCUCCUUCCUCUCCCCACAUUGAAUGAACUGAAUGUACAUAUCUAUAACCUCCAUGUCCCAUGUAGACCAAAGCUAGUGUAGACUUCUACUGCUCUUCAUCCCACCCAGUCUAUCUCACUUUGAGCAGUGGGCCUCCCAAGGACACAUCCCAGCUCCAUCUAUCAUGAGGAGAAUAGAGCCAGAAUAUAGAUGACAUUGAUCUAAAUCUACAUCAGUGCAACCAGCUCUCUUGGCAUCCUUAAAGGCACGCCUCUCCUCUCUUCUCCUCUCCUACCUCCCUUUGUCUAUGCUCUUGGCUUAAUAGGAAGUCUGCGUCGUUAAUCUUAGGCUUUUGUCUUGUUUCUCCUCUUAACCCUUUUGCCCCGUUGAACGGUUGGAUGUGUAAACCAAUGUGGCAGCGGUGUGGGGGCCCUUAGACAUCUAAUCGGAGGAGGAAAUCUCUUGUUCGCUAAAGGCCAAGGCAAUUCAUUAGCAGUGGCAUCAAAUUGAGCUUGAUGUUGUGUCCAAAUGUGUCAGCGAGAGAGGCUCAGUGCUGGCUUUUCCCUCCUUGAGUUUGUUUGUUUGGGUCUCCAAGGCUCUUAUGGAGAAGCCCCUGUAGGUGCAAAGUGAUGGGAGGAUAAUUCAUUUCCAUUCAUUUAGUCUGGGAGGCAGCCCACUGCUUGGACAAAGAAAGCAUCUUAACUGUUUCAGACAUGACCAAUUCAUUGAAAAUGUGUGUUGUUUCAGGGGUGAGGAUUGUUUGGGUUGAUCCUAACAGCCAAUAGUAGCUUUGGGUUUUUAGCCCUGAAUGUGUCCAAACGAGCCAGCAGCCGAGGACAAAAGUACAAACAAAAAACAUAAUUGAGCAAUCACAGAGCAAGAAAGUAUGCCUAGGGUUAACCAGGGUAAAAGCAGAGUUCAGCCUUCACUUAUAAAGAUCAUAUAACUUGAGGACACCUAUUAUCCUGUACUGUAGAGUAUAGCUCCUCCAUUACCUACUCCUUUUCCUAUCCUUCUCUUCCUCUCUCCUUCUGAAAUCUCAAUCUGUAUUGCUUCACCCCUCCCUUCCUCUCCUCUCCCAACUCCCCUUCCUCUCCUCUCCCAACUCCCCUUCCUCUCCUCUCCCAACUCCCCUUCCUCUCCUCUCCCAACUCCCCUUCCUCUCCUCUCCCAACUCCCCUUCCUCUCCUAUCCACUGUGGAGAAGCUGCAUCGGGACAGGUAGCCCGUCCUCAAGUCCUGACAGCAGUGCAGUACUGAUCACAGCAUCACUUCCUCAGUUUUGCCUAUGAUCUGCUUAGCGACAGCCACAUGGCUCAGAUCUUGACGACUGUCGGGCUGAUACACCAAACACAGCAUACCCCUGUGGCCAGUCAGGGGAAAUGCGCUGCACUGGCUGAAGCAUACAGUAGCACCCCAUGUGACCACAUAGAUGUAAGAUAGCCAAUGACCAAGAUCGUAGCUUGACCCUGGUCUGUCUCUAUCUGGAAGGCGUCACCAAAGAACAGGGAAAACAAAUGUGAUCUUAAAACACUAUUAAAACCCUUUAAACAAAUUAGAAUGCAACAGAAAAAGCUGCAGACCGCAGACUUUUCCCAGACACCCUAUUGCAGUAGGUUAGGUUAGGAGUUAGAUAGAGAUCAUGUGAGCAAUGUUCUCUCUUCUUCCAGGUGCUCUGCUAUCAUGGUCAGUAUGAGUAGUGGGAUAAACACUGAAGGUAAAAUGGUGGACAGCAAGAUUCAGCACAAGAUCCCACUUCUGACACCAAAUGUUGCAAAUUGAACACAUAACGAUCCUAAAAUCCCACAGUAAACACGGGUACUCUAUCCAUAAUGUGAAAGGUUCUGGACUCAUUAGCCACCAUUGUCAUCAUUGCCACAGCAAUAUGAAGAUUUCCAUCCCAAGGUUUUAUGCGUUACAAUUUUUUAUUUUUUUUAUUUUACCAUGCCACUAAAUGCAAGUCAGAUAAUCCCACAGAAUGGUUAUGUGCUGUUUGAAACUGCUGGAGGAAAGUGUAAAAAUAUUGCCAUGGAAGCUCUCUGUGCACAAAUAUAUACCACUGGCACAAAAAAAUAUACAUAACUGGAGAUAAAACAUCACCCUUGGUAAAUCCUAGACAUUAAUAUAAUGUAUUAUUCAUUUUAAAUAUAGAAAUAAGAGCUAAUAUGAAAAUAAAGACCACGCAAUUAACCUCGGAAUAAUCUAAAUCAUAUCAGAGAUAUACUGUAUUGUGAGAAAAUAGUAUACUACCCGAUAGUUAUUGUUUGCAAUGAUUAUAUCAUGUACAUAAUUCAAUCUUCAUCUAUGUUUUAUAUUAUCAAGACUGUAUUUUUAUACUUGAAAAGAGGAUUCAUAACCACAUUUUUGAAAUGUAUUCUGUAAAUUAAUUUGUAUGUGUUUUGUUUUCUAUUGCCAUCAUUUUGGUUCCUUAGUACUUACUUAGGCCAUUGAGCAAAUUGUUUGUAUCAUUUCUUGUCAUAGACUAAUAUGGUUCAUGGCAGGAUACAAAGAACACAUGCAGUGACAUUUGUGAAAAAUCUGAAACCUUUGGGAGGCUUGUUUGGGAAACAAUAGAAAUCAAUGACGAAGGGUUGUAAACUACUUAAAGUAGCACUACACUCAGCUUGCACGGAUAGAGGGAACGGAAGAAAUAGAGAGACCCAGAGCACAUUUCCUCAUCCCUCUUUACAAGUAGUCACUGGUGACUACCCACAACUGUCUUCCUCUAUCCUAAUCAAAAGUAAACAAUAUUGUACGUACAAUAUGGUUUCUCGAUGAAUGUGUGGUCGUUUAAAGUAGUCUGUGGGUGUUCAAAAUCAUGUAAAUAGACCGAGAAGAUGUUACUUAUAUGGGUUUAUGUGAAUUUAUUGUUGUUGUUGUUGAGAGAAACGUAAUCCAAACAGCAUGCACAUACUGUACAUUCCCAGAAUUUGCACGCUGGGUCAACAAAAGGUUCUGUUACUUCUGUCAAUACCUCUCCUCUGUGUAUAACUCUUAUGUGUAUAUUAGAUUAAACAUUGCACAGGAUAAUAGAUUUUGUAUCAUGUGCAACAGGGUCAGUCAAAACAAAUGUCACUGUCAACGUUGAUGUUAAGAAAAAGAUCUGAAAACAUCGUAGAGCAACUACUCUUCCGUUAUUCUGAGAGUGAUUCUCGCUGUGCGUGUGAGAUAAGUGUUGUUUAUUGAGUGCUGAAGAAGAAUGACACAGCAUUACGGUAUGCUAAAGACCAACUAACAGUGCAAAUGUUACGCCAAUUCUACUGUUGCUGCUUUUUGUGAGAAGAUGAUCAACUAUGGUACUUAACAAAGACUGCUGCUUUUGUACCUCUCUGUUGUGUUUUUGUGACAAUAAAAGUGAACCUCUUAUACAAGAAA